AUGAGUUGCACUUUGGAAAGAGGAAAGGAAACGGUUGAGCUUUCUAGGGCAAAAGCAGAAGUUAGGUUAUCAAGGGCAUUUGUUUUUGUUAUGCAAGAUAUGCCCGAUGGUGGACAAAAUCAACAUCAAGAGGUUGUAUGGAGUCGCAUACUUCAGAGAUUUCAAGAAGAAACAUUAAACCUCAAUAAUCGAAAUGCAGAUGGAUUGUGUCAUCGCUUUAGAAUAAUCAACAAGGAUGUGAAGUUGUGGGAUGUUGUACUUGCUGAAGUGGUGGAGAAAGAGCCGUUGGAGAUUUCAAAUCCACCGAAUGGUGGAGACUACACCGCUACCAAUAGACCAUGGAUCGUCAAAACGGUUGGGUUUUAUGAUGAAUCCUGUCCUCAAGUUGAGGAUAUUAUAUAUGAAGAACUAGUGAAAAAGAUUUCACCGAUUCCUCGCAACAUCACCAUACCGGGUAUUCUUAGGCUGUUCUUCCAUGAUUGCUAUGUUCAGGGUUGUGAUGGUUCUGUUUUGAUCUUACCAACGGAUGCCAAUAAUUCUGAGAGAAACACAUCUAUCAACCUUUCUUUAGCUGGAGAUGCGUUUGACAUUGUUGACAAGGCUAAGGCGGCGUUAGAAAAAGAAUGUCCUGGUGUAGUCUCAUGCUCGGAUAUCCUUGCUAUCUUAGCACGUGAUGUCGUACACUGGUGGGAGGGUCCGCACUGGCAGGUUGAGAAAGGAAGAAAAGAUGGACUCAUCUCCAAUGCAACUGAAGCUCAACUACUCAUGCCAAAGUCUGACGAAAACAUAACAACUCUCAUCCGUGGAUUCGAAUCGAUUGGACUAUCAACUGCAGAUCUCGUAACAUUAUCUGGAGCACACACCAUAGGUUUCACACAUUGUAUAGAAUUUGCUAGUCGUAUCUUCCACAACGACACCACAUUGAACUCUACAAUAAGAGAAAAGGUAAUUCUUAGCUGUCCGUUUCCGAAGAUAGACAGAAAUGUUGCUGAAGCACUUGAUCAGAAUUCCGAGUUUGUAUUUGAUAAUAAGUUUUACAAGAGCUUGCGACAGGGGAAAGGUCUGCUCUUGACUGACCAUGUAUUGGCUUUUGGUGAAAAUGAUCUCUCUCGUAAAUUAGUAUAUAGGUACUCCCAAGACCAAGAAUUGUUCUUUCAGGAAUUUGCGAAAGCCAUGGUGAAAUUGGGAAGAGUUGGUGUUAAGACUCGAAAUGAGGGAGAAAUUAGAAGAGAUUGCAAGAAAUUCAACUGAUCAGGAUUUUUAUUGUAUUGGAACAGAUUGAUCAAUUACUAUGUCAUUGUGUAA